GCGGCGCGGCGCGUCCCCGGCGCUCGGUGGGAGCGGCGGCGGCGGCGGGGGGCAGCCAUGCCGAAGGCGAAGGGGAAGAGCCGGCGGCAGAAAUACUCCUACAACCUCAACCGCAAGCGGCUCUACCGCAGCGCCCGCCGCCGCGCUGCCCCGCGCAUAGCCUGCUCGCACAUCCGCCAUGCCUGGGACCCCUCCAAGUCGGUGGCGCAGAACCUGGCCGAGAUGGGCCUGGCCGAGGACCCCAACAAGGCCGUCCCCAUCCCCAGGAAGAAGCUGCCGGGCAUGGAAGUGGAAAGCAGUGGAUGGGAGCAAGGAAAGAAAAUAGUACGGAAGCCCUACGUGGUGAACGAGAUGGAAUAUGAGGCCAGUCUCCCUGAGAAGAAGUCAAACACACUGUCACGAGACCUCAUUGACUAUGUGCGGUACAUGAUACAGAACCACGGGGAGAACUACAAGGAAAUGGCUCGAGAUGAGAAGAACUACUACCAGGAUACUCCCAAGCAGAUAAAGAGGAAGAUUAACGUCUACAAGAAUUUCUAUCCCGAGGAGUACAAGGAUUUCAUUGCAUCACUCAAGCAGGAAAAGAUGGACGUGCAGUGACUGCCUUUUUUUCUCAGGUUUGCCUGUAAGUGCAGGCUUAACGUGACCAUUUUCUGAAGCAAACAGGGACUUACAAACAGGUGACAGUCACUCACGGGCUCAAUGCCUGCAACUUGGGCUACUUGCAAAGCCUCUGGUAGUGGAGGAAGGACCUUCAUUAGACAGAGACAGUUAUAAUCAGGCAUGGAAGACUCUUGGCUGUGGCUUGUGGUUUUGAGGACUGAAUGUGCUGUGCCACUCUCUUUCUGCGUGGCAGCCAGCACUUAUUUUGCCUUGUUAAAAUAAAUGACUCUUUCAAA